CUCUCUCUAUCGUUCUCUCUAGAGAGAGAAUAAAAGCUCCUUUUGUUCUUCGCCACCAUUCGACCGAGAGAUAGGGACUUGACCCCGGUUUUUGUGGGAGAGCGAUUUCCGGGGCGACCAACAAGAAACUCACCAAUCAGCUUCUUCGCUUCCCUCUCCGAUCGUUCUACCGUUAAUUUGUGUCCUUGGGUUUGAUCCGCCUUUCUUUCUCUUCUUCUCUCUCGAUUUCUGUCUCUCUCUCCGGUUGAUUUUUUUUUUUUUUGCGAAUUUUGGAUUUUUUUUCCUCUGGUGGUUGGAGAAAUUGUUGAGCUAGGGUUCCAAUUUGUAUAGAAUCCCUGAUCCGGUGCCUUCGAGUUCAGGAGAUUGAUCUGUCGAUCUUCGUGGUGGCUGAACCAUGACUGCCGGUGGGGGUGAUCAGCUUAUCUCCGUUCAACCUGAUGAACUCAAAUUCAUUUUUGAAUUGGAGAAGCAAAGCUACUGUGAUCUGAAAGUUGCCAAUAAAACAGAACACUAUGUUGCUUUUAAGGUUAAAACAACUUCACCGAAGAAGUACUUCGUAAGACCCAACACGGGUGUCAUCCAGCCUUGGGACUCCUGCAUCAUUAGAGUGACUCUACAAGCACAGCGGGAAUAUCCUCUUGAUAUGCAGUGCAAAGACAAAUUUCUCCUACAAAGUACCAUAGUACCUCCUCAUACCGAUGUGGAUGAGCUUCCUCAAGAUACGUUCACUAAGGAGGGUGGAAAAACAUAUGAAUGCAAGCUUAAAGUCUCGUAUGUCUCCCCUUCUUCACGGCAUGUAACCUUUGAGAACGUGACGACAAAGGGUGAUGCCAAUGGCUCUGAAACCAUCUCUACCAUACAGCGCCUGAAGGAGGAAAGAGAUGCAGCCGUUAAGCUAACGCAGCAGCUGCAACAAGAGCUGGAGACGCUGAGAGGGAGGAAAGGCAGCAAGGGCGUCACUUUACAGUUCGCAGCUAUUGUGGGACUCGUUGGGAUCAUAAUAGGUUACAUUCUGAAAUUCACCUGUUCAAGCUGAUCUUCUUUCCAUAUACAAAAGUCUAUUUCACUUCUCAUUCUGCUUUCCGAAAACCCUUCUGUUGAAUUCUUGUAAUUCAUUCAUUGUGGGGAAGCUUCCUUCCACUCCUUGCUACAUUUUUCCCUUUUCUUUUUCUUCUGUUACCACCUCAAAUUGAAUGCCUUUUUGUUUUGUGCGCUUGUAUUUUUACCAUCUUCUACGUUUAAAAGUUUUUUUGAUAUUUAAA